AGAACAUCAUGGCGAUAGAUGGUGGAGAACGGAAUUGUGGAGUACAUGAGCUUAUCUGCAUCAGAAAAGUGUCUCCUGAGGCCCUGGGGUUCCUGUCUGGCAUUUGUGUGUUCAUCUUUCUUGUGAUUGUACUCUUUCUUUACCUCAAUAACAAACUAUCCCUUGAGAGUGCCAACCAACUGUCCAGCCUUGACCAGUACAGAAAGAGCACAGAGCCAGCAGAUAAGAGUUGUGUGAAUGCACACUAUCACUGCUCAUCGUCAGAUAGUGAUGAUGAGGUGAUUGUCCAGUACCAGGAGGCCGUGUCUCGAUCGCAGGGUCUCCAGGGUGGUUUAGCGGGGACUAACUCACACCACCAGAAGGGCUAUGGCUGGGACACACGGCAGAAAUACUGUCCACUAGCAGCUGAAUACGAUGGUUACAGCAGCGAGGCCUCAGCAGAUGAUGUAAACUGUAUCCAGCGGAUGAGACGGACUCCACCAUUGGAUGAGCUGCAGCCUCCACCCUAUCAGGAUGAGGAUGGGUCACCACGCAUGUCAUGCACACCCUCUGACCUGGGCGAUGCCAAAUGUGACCUUUCCCAUGGGAGUGAGAGCCCCAGACACAGCUACGGAAAAUGUCCAAGUGAGGUCAGCGGAGCACAGGAAACAGCGAGUUUCCUUAACAAGGGCUAUGAGGAAGAUGCACCCAGUGACAGCACUGCUGUACUCAGCCCAGAGAAUCUGUCUGCACGUGGAUCAGCGGCUCAGCUUCCCAAAGGUUAUGACCCUGAGCCUCUUGCUCAAUAUGGAACUCUCGACGUCAUCUUCGACUACGAUUCAUCUGACCAGCGUCUGUCUGUCACGAUAACAGCUCUGACCGACAUUCAUUCUCUCAAACGGAUGGGUAACAUCUCCUGGCAGGUGCAUCUGGUGCUGCUGCCCACCAAAAAACAGAGGGCGAAAACCAUCAUCCAGCGUGGCCCAUGCCCUGUCUUCACAGAGACAUUUCACUUCAGCCAUAUCGAGUCGGAGAUGAUCGGGAACCAUGCUGUCCGGUUCCGCUUGUACAGUAUCCGCAGGAUGAAGAAGGAGAAAGCUCUCGGGGAGAAGGUGUUCUACCUCACCAAACUCAACCUGCAAGGCAAGAUGUCAGUCCCCAUCACACUGGACCCCUGCUGCAACAUACCUGGCAGUGACUCUCAGGCAAGCAUGUCAGACGUAUCGUGCAGCGAAACAGCCUCGUCGUUCCCUUCUGCUGGUCAGGGGUCGGCACCAGAGAUCCUGCUGGGGCUUGUGUACAAUGCCACUACGGGACGUCUCUCUGUGGAGGUCAUCAAAGGAAGCCACUUUAAAAACCUGGCAGCAAAUAAACCUCCCAAUGGUUUGUUCUGUUGUCUAAAGCACUUGAUAGGUGGCCAGGUGUACAUAAUCCGAGACACUUAUGUAAAGCUGGCUCUACUAAACUCAAUGGGUCAAGAGAUGUCGAAGUGUAAGACGUCCAUUUGCCGAGGCCAACCCAACCCCACCUACAAGGAGACCUUCGUGUUCCAAGUCGCUCUGUUCCAGCUCUCCGACGUCACACUCAUCCUGUCGGUCUACAACAAGCGCAGCAUGAAACGGAAGGAGAUGAUUGGCUGGAUCUCUCUGGGGCUGAACAGCUCUGGGGAGGAGGAGCUGACACACUGGACACAGAUGAAGGAAUCGAAGGGACAACAGGUGUGUCGAUGGCACAGUCUUUUGGAGUCCUAAAAUGUCAACAAGUGAUGGCAUGAUGUGUGUAAUGGCGUGGGGGACAGAGAGCAGGUCAUGCCCUCGAACGGCCCCAAGAUGCAGAGCUGGCCCUCACUGCAGUGCAUUAUGAGAAACACAGAUGUAAUCUGCUCUCCUUCCCAAUGCAUUGUGGAAAAUGUGUUAGAUACAAUGGUGAGAACAGGGUUAGAGAUGCCACCCUGUUAAUGGAGAAAACAACCGAGGCAGACUUUUAUC